AGUGUUGAAUAAAACCCUAUUGUUUUUGAUUUUUACCAUUAUAUUUUAGAGAAAUCCUAAAUAAACAACAAAACUAAAAGCUGAAGUUUAUUUAAGACAUAUAAAUUGAAAAUGGCCAGCACAUCCCGCGCAUCUAGAAGCCAGAAUGUCAAUCUCUCUCAGGCAUCACAACAGCCCGUUCAAGAGCUAGACGAUAAAGUUCGCGCCAUUAUAAACUACAUCCUUGAUCACAUCGCCCAGAAGAUUCCCAUCAAGGACAAGGAUUUGGUGCCAGCGGCUGGCGACAGGAACGAACUGAAGAAACGUCUACCGCUGGUCACUAAAUUAUUGGCGAAACGCUUCGGUAUAUUGCUUACCCCGUUGGAUGCUGGCUUUAAGACAUUCGUUUGCAUUGCAGAGGAGCCGUUAGCCUCCAUUCACGAGCUUACUCCGGAACAACGACCCCAGUUUACUCUACUGUACAUUAUCCUCAUGUACAUCUUCUUACGCGGCAACCGCAUUGAGGACUCCAAACUGUGGGGAAUGCUGGAAAUGCUUAAUAUUCAAGCUGACGAAGAACACGGAUACUUCGGGCCCAAUCUCCACAAACUGAUCGAGGAAACGUUCGUGAAGCAACAGUACCUAAAGCGGGAACGUUCCCAGUUGAGCGCCUACGAUGAUCCCAAAACCUUCUUCCUUUGGGGAGUGCGAGCCAAGGCAGAGUUUACCUAUGAACAGAUCGUACAGUUUGCCUCUAAGCUGCUAAAUCAACAUCCAAAGAUGUUUGAUCACUACUUGGCCAUGGCCCAGGAGGGAGCAAAUGCGGAGCAGUAGAAUUAAAAAACCACAAAUGUAAUAUAGUUUAAUAAACAAAGAAACUUUUA